UUUUAAUUUACCUUGAGGCAACGAAUGUAAUCGGAAGACCUUUUUCAGAAAAGGGGAUUUUCUUCUUUUCGCGAGGAAGUUCUGGGGAGAUUUUCGAUGGACAGUUGGAUCUAAGCAACUUUUUCUCGACCAAAAUUAAUGAAGUUGUCGCGGUGAUGUUUAUUCAUGUACUAACUGUGAAUUUCUCGAUCAAUAUUAAUAACAAAUACGAUGCUAGCUUUUCUCAUUAUUUCAGUUUAAAUUGACAACGUGUUUCCCUUCCAACGCGCUCGAAGAAAACCGGGAAAGUAUCUUUAGAAACGYUGAUUUSAAAUCAGCCCAAAAGGGUUUUUAAUUCGACGUACAACCGAAAAAGACUGGGAUAACAAUCAAGGAGUUAUUGUGGGCACAGUUAAUGAUACACAGCUGAAAGACCACGCGUGUGUUGUAAAGAGACCAUGGUUGAAAGCAUCUACGGYCGCAAGACUCAUCCGCAGUUUAAACAGGAGAAAACUCCAUUUUAUAACACGGUUGGGCAGCAUCGAAGGGCCAGYGCUGAACCGUUUAGUCUACGAACUAUUUGCGAGACGGAAGAUGAUUUGCCGCUUUGUAAUUCUGUUGAUACAUCGUUGCUGAACACACAGKUAACAGACGGUAAUUACAGUCACAAACCGAGGGCCAUUUCGCUGCCGUUGCCUACUGUGUAUCGCGAUGGGUCGUAUUUACGAAUCAACGUCUCGGGUAACUUCAACUACGACAAGGCRCGCAAGAGACGCUUCUCGGAACCCGCGGUUCCAUUGAGCGCGGCGACGACUCUUCCAUGUGGGACUCUUUUUAGCGGACGUACCUACGAAMCCGCCUUCCCAAUGACUCCGAGGAUUUCUGUAAAUGAAGAAAUUGUUCAACACGAGAGGAAUUUUGAUAUGGAAAAGAGAAGGCAUUCAGAUCCUCUAUUAUACGAUACUAGUAUCAAGCCAAAUCAAGAGGAAUGUUCACAGUUCAAAAAUGAGCAAAGUUUCAUAGAUGAGGCUGAGUUGCAGCGGAAUAUUUUGGAUACGAGAACGCCUGCGGGAGGGAAAGAUGUUGUUGAGAUAGAGAAAUCAAAGCAAUCCCCAUCAACAAGAACCACUGGGGGAGUACGUCGAAGAAAAUCCUCCCUUGUCCCUAUACCAUUUGGGUUAAAUAAAACUACAAAUCGCAGACMAAACCCGUGCACGAAACGACGGUUUUCAUUCCCUCUGAAUCAAAACGAAAGGAAUAUGACGGCUAGUCUCGAAGAAAUCGAGUUAUCUUUCCCGAGGCGACAAAUAGACGAUAAUCCUCCGACGGAGCAAUUUGACGUGCCGUUUGAUUUCAUCGAUGUAAAGUUAAACGACAUCUCGACUUCAAACGAAGAUUUUGAAAGUCCAAAAAGCUGCGAAAAAAUCAUAACGCAAUGGAUGAAAUUCUUUGGGUAAAGCGUCGUGGAAUUUAAUAAGCAGACAUGUGCAUCAAAUGUUSAUGGCUUCURCCAAUCUGUCACUUUGCGUUUAAAAACACGUAUUUUUUUCUUGUCUGUUUUACACCUCGUAGUCAGCUAAAAAAAGACAAAAAACUAUUGUUAAAAUGAAUAAUUUUCAACCACUUSAUAUUAUGAGAGGCAUCUUGAAAAAGCCUUUCCCAAAAUGAAUUCAUUCACCCGUCUUCUUUAUUGAAGAAAGAGUGAAUAAUAAUCUUUGUCUUCAUCAAUGCGACUGGGAUUCAUAAAUACGACAUUGGAAGAAAUGAUUUUGGUUGAUUUUUAUGUCUUGUGUGCACUGUUAUUCAAACUACAAGUCACUUUUGGUGAAAUCUAUCCUGCCUCCGGGUGACAGAUAUAGCAACAUCCUCAUAACUGCUGAGAAUUGAAGUGGCUGGAAGCCUAGAGAUCGCAUAAAAGGAACGAUUUGAACCAUUACGGACGAUUACACACUUGAAAUGGACACUUUUUCCCCCUUUGAAAGGAAAAAAAAAUUGAAAAUUAAAAAGUUGAAAUGAAUUUCACAAUA